AUGUCUCCCGCCCACCGCCUCGAGUCCUCUGCGCCUCCGCCGACUGCAGCCCGUCCCGCUCGGAUCGCACGCACGCCCGCCCGCCGCGCCGCACCGCGCCGCGCUCCUCCUUGCCUCCGCCGCGACUCCCGCGAAGUCCCCUCCCCCGGAGGCGUCGGCGCGGCGGCGUCGCCCGCCCUCGGCGGGGAGCGCUUUCCCGGGGCGUCACCCAACCACCUGACCCCGCCGACCUGGCUGGGCCGGCCGGUUCGCUCGGGUAGGAACCCGGCUGCCAGGGGGAAGAGCGGGGUGGCGCGGAGGCGGAAUCAACCAUGGAGGCUGCGUGGAGACCGCUCGCGAACCCGGCUGGCAUUGGCGUCCCACCCUCAAGUUAUUUAUAAUAUCAAAAGUUUCCCCAGGCAUUGGAGAUGCCCUUUCUCUGCCUUCCCGAGCACCUGCUCCUGUGUACUACUGAGUGGAGACACUGGAAGGUACUCGAAGCAGCUCCACGUUCUCUAUCUCCGCGCCAUCGCGCUGUACGUGAAGCGUAGCUCCUGCAUCCCCAGCAUCUUCUCCAUGAAGUUCCUUCUGUGUACCCCGACCAGGAGACUGAGAGAUGCCAUGAUAGAAGAAGAGGCAGGAGAGAUUAGAAGUAUGAGAAGGAUUCCAUUCACUGUUGCUGGCUUUGAAGAUGGAGGAAAGGAGUCAUGAACCAAGAAAUGUGGGUAGCAUCUAGAAGCUAGAAAAGCCCUUAACUGAGAGCCAUCAAGAAAAUGCAGACCUACAUUCACAGACCAACUACAAAAUGCAAUUCUACAAUCACAUGAAACUGAAUUUUGCCAACAACCUGAAUAGGCAAAGAAAAAUUCCUCCCAAGAUCCCCCAGAAAGGAACGUAGCCCUCCAGAUAUCUUGACUUUAGUUCGGUAAGACUCACAUUAGACUUCUGAUCCUUAUAACUGUAAAAUGAUACAUUUAUGUUAAGUCACUCCAUGGAAUAUAAAGUGAAGCGAAUUUCCUAGAAAGCAGAACAAAAAACAAACAGCUGGAAAACAGAGGAGAAAAUAUAAGGAAAUUAGAAGUCUAAUCCCAGCAAUCCAAUAUCAAAAAAAUAAAAAAAAUAAAAAAAAAGCUCAAGAAAGAGAAGGAGGAAACAGAAGGAAAUCACCAGGAAAUAAUUCAAGAAAUUUCUCCAAGUGGAAUGACAUAAUUUUCAGAUUUGAAGGGCUCACUGAGGGCCCAGAACACAGCACAUACUUAUUAAAUACAGAACACUGAUGACAAAGAUCCUAUAAUUCCCAGAGAUGAAAAAUAUUUGAUCACUUUCAAAGUAAAAGGAAAAAGAAUGAUUUUGACUUUUAAACAAGACUAGUGGGCAACAAAGGCUUACCCUUAAUUUACUGGAGACUCAUUGCUUCUGUGAACAAUCAGAGCAAUGUUUCCAAUGAUGGGAAUUGUACAAAUAAAAAAGACUGUAAGAAACAUAUCACCAAUUCUGGCAAAAGUUAUUAAUAACACCACCUCUGCCCUUGAUGGAUACAGAUCAGUCACAACUCGUUGACACAAGUAGAGAGAGACAAUAGCAUGACUCUAGAUUUCCUGUUUGUCUAGACAUGGGGCCAUUUGUAUUAUCACUAAUACUGCUUGCUGCACUUGGGCCAAUAAAG